GCGAGCCCUCCAGGUCAUAGAGGCCUCUCAGAUGGGAGACGAAGGUUUUAAGAACAGAGCUGAACAACUCCUCAACAUCUUCCAGAGUGACCUGUUCCAGGCUCUACUGGAUAUCCAGGAGUUCUAUGAGCUGACAGUGUUUGAGAACCAGAACAGCGACCAGGCGAACACACCUGGACUGAAGUAUCGUUACCAGGAUGAGGAGACUCCGUCUCUGGACCACAGCCCUGCCCACAUGACCUCUAGACGCAGCGGAGAGUUCAACCAAUCACAGCUGGACGGAUACACACACCUUGCACCCAUCACGAUGAAUGGAUCAGAGGGAGAGGUGGAGUAUGAAGAGAUGACACUAGAGAGGGGUAACUCUGGUCUAGGAUUCAGUAUAGCAGGUGGAACAGACAACCCCCACGUUGGAGACGACCCGUCUAUCUUCAUCACCAAGAUCAUCCCUGGAGGAGCUGCCGCACAGGACGGGAGGCUCAGGGUUAAUGACAGUGUGAUACUAGUAAAUGAUGUUGACGUUCGUGAGGUGACACACAGCUUGGCUGUGGAAGCUCUAAAGGAGGCGGGGCCAGUUGUUCGUCUCUACGUCCUCCGGAGGAAGCCACCCAUGGAGACCGUCACACAACUCAAACUCAUCAAAGGACCUAAAGGUUUGGGGUUCAGUAUAGCAGGUGGACUAGGGAACCAGCAUGUACCAGGUGACAACAGUAUAUAUGUGACUAAGAUCAUCGAGGGAGGAGCGGCCUGUAAAGAUGGACACCUACAGAUAGGUGAUAAGAUACUGGCUGUGAACCAGGUGUGUUUAGAAGAUGUGAUGCAUGAAGACGCAGUAUCAGCUCUGAAGAACACAGCCGAGGUGGUCUACCUGAGAGUAGCCAAACCUUCACAUCUCUACACACCUGACCAGUACAGUCCCCCUGACCUCACCUCGUACAUGGACCCAGACGUGGGCCCUAACUACCUAGAUUACCCACAAUCCUCUCUGCCGCCGCCCUCGCCACGACGCUACUCACCCAUACCGCACGGCAUGAUGGGAGAAGACGACAUCCCCAGUAGAGAGGCCAGGCGGGUGUGUAUCCACCGAGGGUCGACUGGUCUGGGGUUUAACAUCGUUGGGGGAGAAGACGGAGAGGGAAUCUUUAUCUCCUUCAUCCUGGCUGGAGGACCGGCUGAUCUCUCAGGAGAGCUACGCAAGGGAGACCAAAUCAUCAGCGUGAACGGUGUGGAUCUCAGACAUGCGACUCAUGAACAGGCUGCAGCAGCUCUGAAGAAUGCUGGACAGACUGUUACUAUCAUCGCUCAGUACAGACCUGAGGAAUACAGCAGGUUUGAGGCUAAGAUACACGACCUGAGAGAACAGAUGAUGAACAGUAGCAUGAGCUCUGGGACCCUCCGAGCCAACAGGACCUUCUAUGUCAGGGCCCUGUUUGACUAUGAUAAAACAGCAGACUGUGGGCUGUUGAGCCAGGCAUUGGGCUUUAACUUCGGGGAGGUGCUCCAUGUGACUGACUGUAGUGAUGAAGAGUGGUGGACUGCUAGGAGACUGGGACAACAGGGACAACUGGAGGAACUAGGGUAUAUACCCAGCAAACACAGGGUGGAGAGGAAGGAGUGGUCUCGUAUGAAGAAUAAGGACCGCAGCAGCUUUGUUCAGAGCUAUGAAACUGUUACACAGAUAGAAGUCCACUAUGUGAGGCCUAUCAUUAUACUGGGUCCUACUAAAGACAGAGUGAAUGAUGAUCUUCUCUCUGAGUUUCCUGACAAGUUUGGUUCCUGUGUUCCACACACGACGCGGCCCCAGAGGGAGUAUGAGGUGGAUGGGCGGGACUACCACUUUGUGUCGUCAAGGGAACAGAUGGAGAAGGACAUCCAAUCACAUCACUUCAUAGAGGCGGGUCAAUACAACAGUCACCUGUAUGGAACCAGCGUUCAGAGUGUCCGCAUGGUCGCAGAGCAGAUGGGGAAACACUGUAUCUUAGAUGUAUCAGCUAAUGCAGUGAGGAGACUACAGGCAGCUCAGCUUCAUCCUAUUGCUGUCUUCAUCAGACCAAGAUCACUGGAAAAUAUACUGUAAGUAGGAGGGAGUGGGUUGUCUUCAUCAAACCAAGAUCACUGGAAAAUAUACUGUAAGUAGGAGGGAGUGGGUUCUCUUGCUCAGACCAAGAUCACUGGAAAAUAUACUGUAAUUAGGAGGGAGUGGGUUGUCUUCCUCAGACCAAGAUCACUGGAAAAUAUACUGUAAGUAGGAGGGAGUGGGUUGUCUUCCUCAGACCAAGAUCACUGGAAAAUAUACUGUAAGUAGGAGGGAGUGGGUUGUCUUCCUCAGACCAAGAUCACUGGAAAAUAUACUGUAAGUAGGAGGGAGUGGGUUGUCUUCCUCAGACCAAGAUCACUGGAAAAUAUACUGUAAGUAGGAGGGAGUGGGCUGUCUUCAUCAAACCAAGAUCACUGGAAAAUAUACUGUAAGUAGGAGGGAGUGGGUUGUCUUCCUCAGACCAAGAUCACUGGAAAAUAUACUGUAAGUAGGAGGGAGUGGGUUCUCUUUUCCUCAGACCAAGAUCACUGGAAAAUAUACUGUAAGUAGGAGGGAGUGGGUUGUCUUCCUCAGACCAAGAUCACUGGAAAAUAUACUGUAAGUAGGAGGGAGUGGGUUCUCUUCAUCAGACCAAGAUCACUGGAAAAUAAUCUGUUAAUAGUGCCUGUGUGUGUUGUAAAUUGUUGAGCAGAUUCAGGGGUUAUCUUUUUUAAGUUUAGCUUGGAAUAAUUUAAUUCCUUCCUGUCAGGCAUUAUGCAGUUACAGUCUGGACACUAGAGGUCUCUAUGGACUAGGAAACAACAGUUCUGAUUCAUUAUUAAAAUACUUCAAGUUGAAUCACUCUUCCUUUCUUUCUGUUGAAGUUAAAUUAUCUACAUUCUAACGUGAAACAUCCGUCCGUUACGCUGACCUGAACAUGAGUGUUGUAACAUCCGUGUGUUACAGUGACCUGAACAUGAGUGUUGUAACAUCUGUCCGUUACGCUGACCUGAACAUGAGUGUUGUAACAUACGUGUGUUACAGUGACCUGAACAAGAGUGUUGAA